CAGACGCCAUACAACCGUAGCCAAUUAUUUACUAGCGUGUUUAUAAGGCUAUUUACCCAGUUUGACAAGAGAAAUUUGUUUUUUUUUUCGCCGACAUCGGGGUAAAAUAUCCAAAUCGUGGUCGAUUUUGGUGCUCCGUGAUAUUCUAGCAGUAAACAGUGGCCGUUUUCAUUUGGAUAGAAAGCAUUGGAAUAGAGCAGUUUCCCGUUAAAACCCGGGAAAAAUGGCGAUUUGGGAAUCAAUUUGAAUCUAAUAAGAGACUGUUCGAAAGCGAAGGAAGGACAAUUUGUCAUCGACGACGUAGAGAGCAUGAUAGAUUGUUGACUAUUCAGAAUGGAUUGAGUCUGGAUGCCUAUACUGGUGGGCAAGAUGUCCAGGGGUUAUGGGAAAUAUCGCCGCGGUAGCGGAACGCAUUCCAGCCUACAUUUCGAUAGUAUUUUUAAAGAAAACACUAAUAAGCCGUCAGCCGCGCGGUCCGCGGCCACUGUGGGUAAAUGGGGCAUCACCUCGUUUACCUCUAUUCGUACCUUAAAUGGCAGAUCUGACACAGAGUCGAGUGCUGCCUCCGCAGAAUCGGCGGCUCCUAAACCAAAGAAGUUUUUCAAGAGCCGCAACAGCGAACCACCCGAUUUGUCGUCGACCCCGUCCGCUUAUUCGCCCCCUCCGUACCAUUCAAAGAAGGCUCGCACGGCGUACGAACCCGGCAGCGAACGGCAAACCAGUCCUCGUAAAUUCUUCUCUUCCAAAAACAACUUGAAGACGGUCAACGAGCCGCCGAAGCCGCCGAUAGUGUUAAGGAUAUGCCACGGUAAAUCUCAGCUACUGAACGAUUCGGACGAGUCGGAGAGCACUCUUACGCCGUCGACGUCGACGUCUCCCAGGGCGUUGCGGGAAUCGUCGUCGCGGCCGACGAACUGCAGGAUAACGCGGAGCGCGAGAAGAAGUAUGCAGCAGGACCCGAGCGGCAGCCCCGCGACCGCGGACACCCCCGCUGAACUGUCCAUGUUUAGCGAUAAGAACGACAGCGAUCUGUCGCCCCAGUAUAUACCGGCGGAAAAGUACGAGCAGGAACGUAGAGCGUUGUACGACAAUUUGCUGAGGCCGAACUCUCCGGAGGAAGAGGCGGAUACCGACGCCGCGACGGAAGCGUCGGUCGUCGACCGCGACUGGAGGAACGAAGACGCGACGACGGAGGAAAGCGAAAAACCGAUGGACCUGGAACCGCCUCCCCCCGACGAGGACAAAGAAAACGUGCACGCGGGGGCGCGCUUGGAAAACGGGGACGCUACGGCGGAGGAACCGCUCGCGGCGACGAGGGAAGAAGAAGAAGACGAAGACGAAGUGCCUAAGAAACCGACCAUUGAGGAGGAGUGGAGUACCGAUUCGGACAGUAACAGUACCGCUCCCGAAAUGGAGGUCAAACAAGUGGUUCCGGAGCCGGAGAGGAGCGUCAAUCAGAUCGAGCGGCACAAAGAGCAAAUCCUAGAUAAAAUUCUGGAGAAACCGCCUGACCCGCCGCCGGUGAAGCUGGUCAUCACCAAGAAGAAGGGCAGCAUCUUUAAGAGUAGGGCUUUGGUGGAAGACGGCAGCAAGAAGAGGCGGGCGAGAUACGUGCACAAGUGGAUCGACGACAAGGACAAGGUCGGCGGGGAGACCCCCGCGAGACCGAGCGUCGAGAACGAAGCCAUCGACGGGUACGAGUUUAAGGGAGAGCCUUUGGUGAGGGUGCCCAAGGUGGUCGACGACGACCCGGACCAGGAAGUCGCCAGUAUAAAAUGCGCCAAGAGCGACAAGGGCUAUUACAUGGUCGUCCGGAACGUGAAGAAGGCCCACCAGAUUCAGGAGAUCGGCGAGUUUCAGGAAUUCAACGACGACGUGGAUUAUAUCCUCGACACGCUCCAGGACAACAAUCCGAUCAGCACCCGAUGCUUGUCGGCUAUCAGUCUGGCUUCUAAGUGCAUGGCGCCCGCGUUUAGGAUGCAUGUGCGCGCGCACGGCACCGUUGCCAAGUUUUUCAAGGCGCUUCACGAUGCCACCAAAGACCAGAGUUUGGGACUGUGCACGGCGACUGUGAUGUUCGUCCUGAGCCAGGAUCGGCUCAACAUGGACCUGGAUCGGGACUGUUUGGAACUAAUGCUGAACCUGUUGGAGUCGGACGUCAGCUAUAAGCACGCUCUCGACGUGUGCGGCCUGAGCUCCGGCCAACUGGAGAAGAACAAGCAGAAGGUGCGGGAACUGUGCGAGGAGAUCCAGAGCAAGGGUCACGCGAUGCAUCUGAAUCUGGAGAACAUCACCACGGGUCAGCUGGCGAUGGAAACCCUUUUAAGUUUAACGUCGAAACGGGCGGGCGAGUGGUUCAAGGAGGAGCUAAGGGAGUUGGGCGGCCUCGAGCAUAUCAUGAAGACGAUCUACGAGUGCUGCAAGCAGGUGUCGGACUACGUCGUGUCGUGGACGGACGUCCUGCUCGACAAACUCAAGAAGGUCGACCGUUGCCUAAGGGUGUUGGAAAACGUGACCCAAAACAACGAGGAGAACCAGAACUACAUUCUGAAGUAUAACGACGGGAUGAUUCUGGACACCCUCGUCAACCUGUACAAGUUGUGCGACGGCGAGAUCCCGCUGUAUCCCGUGACCGACAUCCAAGACAAGACCUCGACGGGCACCAUCAUCAGGGAAGCGUUGCUGGUCACGCUCAAGGUGCUCAUCAACCUGACCCACCACUUUAGGCAACAGUGUAAGUUGCUGACGCCGCCGGCGUCCGUCGAAGACCCGGGGACUCGCGAUUCUGCCAUUUCAGCGUUCGGCAACCAGUUAAUCGGCUCGAGGCCGGGCAUCGUCGACACGAGCCUCCACCUACUCCUGCAGGUGCCCAAUUACAUUCCCGAGCAGAAAAAGUUCGAACUCGGCGUGCUGGUGCUGAUGUUGCUCAUCAACCUGAUCCAGGACCACGACGGCAACAAGAAGCUGCUGAUGGAAGCGAAAGCGCCAUCCAAACAGGAGCGGCUAUAUUCGCGGGAGGAAAGCGCCGUGGAGGCGCUGAUUUGCCAGUUCUACGAGUGGGAGGGAUGCGCGAAGAUCGCGGAGAGCAAGACGGACGCUAUCCUGGACGGCGAGAAGGACGCGGAGGACGCGGCCUCCGCGCCGACCAAGUCCGGCGAGGAGUUUAUCGAGGAAACGGUCGCAAAGCUCCUGCAGAAGGCGGGCACGCACAUGGAGUACACGUUCCUCGCCUCCUACAUCGUGAUGCUGGUCGGCUUCCUCAUAAUGGGCAACGCCGAUUACGAGAACAACAUCCGGCAGUUCCUGCGCGGCAGCAACUUCGCGGACAUGGUCGAAUUGCUCAACAAGUUCUUCAAGUUUAUGAACCUGACCGCGUCGACGGAGGCGUCGAGCGUUUGCGCCAUCAAAGCGACGCAGAGAGUGAUCAAGUUUUUGGAGGAUUGCGACAAGACGGGUGACGAAACGUCAACGUAGGACGCGUCAGACUGACGUCGAAACAUUCACAAAUUAAGUUUAGUAGAGUAUAUAUAUAAAUAAAUAUAUUUACAAAGGUUUUUAAUUUUAUAUUUGAGUAUUUUCGAUACGGGAGGCCCCCGGGUCCGCCGUU